AUGGCGAUCCAAAAGAAGCACGGCAAGGGCCGCUUGGAUAAGUGGUACAAGUUGGCCAAGGAAAAGGGCUAUCGUGCUCGAGCUGCCUUUAAGCUUGUUCAAUUGAACAAGAAGUAUGGCUUCCUGGAGAAGAGCAAGGUCCUUCUGGAUCUUUGCGCUGCUCCUGGUUCAUGGUGCCAGGUCGCAGCCGAGGUGAUGCCCCCCAACAGUCUUAUCGUCGGUGUCGAUUUGGCUCCGAUCAAGCCCAUCCCCCGAGUCAUCACUUUCCAGAGCGAUAUCACGACCGAAAAGUGUCGCGCUACGAUUCGACAACACUUCAAGACAUGGAAGGCCGAUACUGUGUUGCACGAUGGUGCUCCCAACGUCGGUACUGCCUGGGCGCAGGAUUCUUUCAACCAGGCGGAGCUGGCACUUCAGGCAAUGAAGCUGGCAACGGAGUUCCUCAUCGAGGGAGGUACCUUUGUGACCAAGGUCUUCAGAUCGAAGGACUACAAUCCCCUGCUAUGGGUUCUCAACCAGCUCUUCACCAAGGUCGAAGCAACCAAGCCCCCGUCCUCCAGAAACGUCUCGGCCGAAAUUUUCGUCGUCUGCAGAGGCUACAAGGCCCCGAAGAAGAUCGAUCCUCGAUUCCUCGAUCCACGAGCCGUCUUUGCAGAGCUUACUGGCGCGACCCCAAACAACGAAGCCAAGGUCUACAACCCCGAGGUCAAAAAGCGAAAGCGAGACGGUUACGAGGAGGGUGACUAUACACAGUUCAAGGAAAUGCCGGCAAGCGAGUUCAUUCAGACUACGGACCCUAUCGCAGUACUCGGAAGCUACAACAAGCUCACCUUCCAGCAACCCCUGAACGGCGAUGUGGCACUGGCUGCGCUGGAUAAGCUCCCCGAAACCACUCCGGAGAUUCGAAACUGCUGUGAUGAUCUCCGAGUGCUUGGCCGAAAGGACUUUAAGCUCCUGCUCAAGUGGCGCUUGAAGGUCCGGGAGAUCUUUGGGUUCAAGACAAAGGAGACUGCAACAGAGGAGCCUGAGGAAGUGGCUGAGGUUGAGUCUAUGGACGAGGAACUCAAGAUCCAAGAGGAGCUGCAAGCAAUGAAGGACAAAGAAAACUCGAAGAAGAAGCGAGAGAAGCGCAAGGAGAAUGAGCGGAAACAGCGAGAGAUUGUUCGAAUGCAGCUCAACAUGACUGCUCCCAUGGAUAUCGGUAUGGAGGAAUCUGGCCCUAUCGGUGAAGGAGCCAUGUUCUCUCUCAAGAAGGUCGACAAGACGGACGCCAUGCGACGGUUGAACCGUGGUAAGAUGGCCAUCGUCUCAGGCUCGACUGCCAGGAAAGACCAGGACAGUGGCCUUGGAUCCUCUGGGGAGACGGAUGAGAGUGACGCUGAAGAGGAUCGCCUCGAGCGGGAACUUGAUUCCAUGUACGAACAGUUCAGAGAGCGCAAGUCCGAGGCUGAUGCCAAGUACCGGGCGAAGAAGGCGCGCAAAGAACACGGCGAUGAUGAGUGGGAAGGAUUGUCUGCGGAUGAGGCACAGGAGGAGCAAGAUGAUUCUUCAGAACUUGAUGAGGAUGACGACUCAUCUGAUGACGACGAAGAGGGCCCUUCAUCUGGACUUAUCCGAGACCUGGACUCCUCACAGGGUGCCAAUGGAUUGUCCAAGAAGGCAACGGCCUUCUUCAACCAAGACAUCUUUCAGGGACUAACAGGCAUUGUUCCUGAGCCUGAGGAGGAAGUUAACGCCGAGGACAGCGCUGACGAAGAGAUGGACCGGGCUGCAGAGGCUGCUGUUGCACAACAAGCCAAGAACCGCAAGACAAAGACACCUGCCAAGCAGGAAGAGGUGGUAGCUGACUCUGACUCUGAGAUGGAAGACGCUGGGGAUGGGUUUGAAGUAGUUAAGCGGGAUGAGGAGGACGACUGGGACCAGGACAAGCGAAAGGCCGAUGGCCGACUCGAUAUCGAUAUCAUCACGGCCGAAGCCAUGACGCUGGCACACCAGCUCGCCACAGGACAAAAGACAACUCACGAUGCCAUUGACGACGGAUUCAACAAAUACGCCUUCCGAGACCGCGACGGCCUACCUGAGUGGUUCAUCGAUGACGAGUCGAGACAUGACAAGCUCCAGAAGCCCAUCACCAAGGCUGCCGCCCAGGCUAUCAAGGAGAAGAUGAGGGCCUUCAACGCCCGCCCCAUCAAGAAGGUGCGGGAAGCCAAGGCUCGCAAGAAGUUCAAGACCGCGCAGAGGCUGGAGAAGCUCAAGAAGAAGUCGGACAUUCUCAACAACGACGAGAACAUGACGGAGAAGGAGAAGUCGGACAGCAUCUCCAGGUUGAUGGCCAAGGCUGCCCGCAAGAAGCCCAAGCAGGCCGCCAAGCUCGUCGUGGCGCGCGGUCUCAACCGUGGUAUCAAGGGACGGCCAAAGGGUGUCAAGGGUCGUUACAGAAUCGUGGACCCCAGGAUGAAGAAGGAGCUUAGGGCGCAGAAGAGGAUAGCCAAGCGGAAGUAA